AUGAACAAAGAAUUAUAAAAGAUGAAUCUCUUACUUUCUGAUAUUGAGAAGAUAAGCACUUUUCAAACCCUUUCAUAAUAUGAUUUAAUGCUUAAAGCUUUUUAAACCUUAGAGAUAUUUAUGAAAGAGACUUAAACAACAGAGGGUUCUUAAUUUCUACCAGAUUUAAUCAUUAAAAGUCUUUAUCAUAUCAUGAAUCAUAAGUAAUAUCCAGAUUAUAUUCUAAUUCAUAUUGAAAACUUAAUCAAAUCUAUGCUUUCUUACAUCUCUAAGAACAUUUUUGAUGAUAAAAUGAGCUAUUUGUUUUAUAAAAUUAUGGAUCCAUCUUCUAUUAUAUAUUAAUAUAAUGCUUUAUCAAAUAAUUGGCACGAUGAUGUAAUUAUCUAUACUUUUAUUAUAGUUUAUGGCUUAUUCCUAUAACAAAAAUCCUGAAUAUAAAUAAUUCAUUGAUGAUCUAAAUGUUGGUUCUUAUUUAGAUUUUAUACGUAUAUGUUAAACUACAAAUAGAAUGAAUUGGAAUAGAGGUAUGAUCGAAGAAAAAAAUGAAGAAUUUGUUAAAGUAAGAAAUUUAAACGAGCUUUAAAAUUCCUAAAUCUAUAACAUUAAAAGUGGUCAUUUGAUGCCUAUUUUAUCUCGUUCAGAGAAUUUGAAUUCAAUGUUCACUUUAUAGAAUUAAUAAGUUCUUUUAACAACUCUAAAUGAUAAAUGGAUUUUUAGUACUAUUCUAGAUAGAAAUGUAAUUUCAGAUGUUGAAAAUAUUAUUACCUAUACUAUUAAAUUUAAUAUAUAAUUAGAAAAUGAAACUAAAAAUUUUGAUGAAUAAAUAAGUGCUUGUAGUCCUAGAUUAUCUCUAUGUGGUAAUCAAAUCCCAAGAAAAUUUAAUUCAAAUGAAUAAUUUGUUGAUGAUUCAUAUGAUACACUUUAUGAAUGUGAUUAUUAAAAUAAUAAGUUUUAUGCUAUUUUAAGACCUAGAUAUUCAUAGAGCAUGCUUUUAAUUAAAUUUAUAAAUUAUUUUGGAUCUAUAGGAGGUUUCGAAUAAAUUCUAAAAUUAUAAUCAGUUGAUAUUUUGGGAAAUUAUAUACAUGCAAUAGGAAACAUUCAUGCCUAACUUUAUAGAUCAUUUUGCCAAGAAUAUAUUCCUAAAUUAUAAGGAUUAAGAUAAACUCUUCUUUAAUCUGAUGAUUCAACAUUACGUAGUAUGGGUCAAGGUAAAAUUAAUAUUAUUUUAUAUGCAUUUAAAUUAUUAUUGGAUAGAAUAAUGAGUGAAGACUAAAGAAAAGAAUGGAUACAAAAUCUUGGCUUAGAAUUUGUAAUAAUAUGUUUUAAUUGUAAAUUCUUAGAUAAAAAAAUUAUUGGAUUAAAACUUUUAACAGAUAUAUUAAAAUAGGCUUAUUAUGAUUAAUCUCAUGGUUAAAUUAUAUAAUGGAUAGAGAAAUAAUAAAUUUUGGAAAAUCUAUUUCAUCAUAAUACUCACUUACAAUUAUUGGAAAGGACUAAAGAUUUGAUCAAAAUCUAUUUAUCAAUUGAUGGUGCUUUUAAUUUUAAUUAUUUAUCUAUCGUUUGGAAUCUCAUGUAAUCUAAUGAUAAUGAAUUAAGAUCUAUAAUAUUUAAAUUAUUUAAUGAUCUUGCUACAGUAAUGUCAGAUCAAUAGGUUUAUUAUUUCCUUGAAUAAAUUCAAAAAUUAGAAUUAGAUAUAAUUCUAAUUGAACAUGUUCAAUUACUUUUUGAAAUGCAGAAAUAACGAUUCAAUUAAAAACUAUUGAAUAAUUAAACUAUGGAGAUUUUAUGGAAUAUUAUUGAACAUGCUGGAUUACAAUAAAAAACAAAAUUAGAAGAUUAAUCUAGAACUUAUUUAAUAGAAUUAAUAAAACUCCUUAAUGUUAAAGAUAUUAAAUUAUAGAUGAUUUCGAAAUUGAUUGCAAAUAUAAAAUAGUAGUUAGUUGAAAGUUCAUCUUUAAAAAUUCUUUAAUAAAUUAUUUACAAAUUCUUACCUUAAAAAAUAUUACAAUCUAAUAAGGAUGUAAAUUAACGUUCUGAGGAAGACAAUAAAAAUGAAUUUAUAACAAUAUUUAUUAAAUAGGAAAAGAUUCAUAAUACUUUAAGAGAUAGUAUUGAGAAUUUAUACAUAUAGAAUUAAGGUAUUAAUGUGAAUGAUGUUAAUGAAAAAAAUCUAUAUAUAAAUAAGUUAUAAGAAAGACUUCUUGUAAUUAACACUUUAAUUAAAAUUAACGGAAGUGCUGCUGAUAUGAUCGAUUAAUAAUUUUUAGAUUUAAUUUGGAAUAAACAUAUUUUAAAACCAAACUUAAAUUAAGAAAGUGAGAUGGUUAGUUAAUGGUUUAGAAAUUUGAUAGAAAAGGAUGAGAGUUUUAGUUCUGUUCAAUUAUAUGAAUUCUUUUAGAGACUACUUAAAUAAGAUUGUAAAUUGAAUGAAAAUGCAUUUAAAUGCUUUAAAUCUAUAUUAUAUUAUGUAAAUUAGAAAGAUUAUAGAAUUCAGAGAUAAUCCUUAAUAUUCAGAUAAUUAUGUGAUUAAUAUGGAAAUUUGUUAAGUACAGAGAAUGCAAAUGAUUAAGAGAAAGAAGAGUUGAUGGAUUAUAAAAUAAUGGUAGAUGUGAAUGAAAUAAUAGGUAUAGAAUAUUUAUGGUAUAUUGUUUUUAAUUAAAAAUUAGAUUAAGCUGUUUAAUUAUUAGUGAAAUUAAAUUUAUCAUAAUAAGAAUAAUUUAUAGGAUAAGUGAUUUCUAAAUUAAAAACAGAUGAUGAGCAAAUUAUUUUGAGAUGUUUUGAUAUUUUAAGAGAAUUGUUAAAAGAGACAGAGAGAUUUGGAAUAGGUUAAUAAUUAGCUUUAGAUGGUUUGAUUUAGGGAAAUUAAUUUAUUAUCAAUUUAAUAAAGGAUGAAGAUUUAGGUUUAAAAAUAACAAUAUAGGUAUAUUAAAAUUUGACAAUAUUUGAAUUACGUAAAUAAAUUGCUAAAGAAAUAUAAAUAAGUUGGUAAUAAGUAAAAUUGAUAAGAAAUGGAAUCGUAAUAUUGGAUACUGAUAAUGGAAAAACACUUAGAUAAUUGAAUAUAAAGAAGAUGGAUGUAAUACAUGUUCGCAAAAGAAAUACUAAACCUAUUCCAAAAGUGUCUUUAGUGGAAAAUAAUAAAUUGUCACAAAUAUUUUUGAAAGUUUUAAAUGAUCUAUUCAAUUAAUAUUCAACAAAUGGAAUGAUGAACUUUGUAUAACAUCGUUAAUUUUUAAUUAAAGCUUCCAACAGUUAGAAUAUUUAAUUAGAAUAAAGAUUUAAAAAAUUGUUUAGUUAAUAAAAUAUAGAAGAGUCAUCUAUAACAUUAAAUAAUUUUAUUUCAUUUUUUGAGGAUUGUUGUUUAUAACAUUAGAUUGUUGAAGAUAUUUGGUGGAAUUUAUAUGCUUUAGGAUAUAAGAAUGAUCUCUCUUUAAUAAAUGAUGAUAAUUUCAAAAUAGAUGAAUAUAAAUUACCUCGUUUUUAAUUGGUUUAAAAUUAAGAAUUUUAUUAGAUAAUGUUUGAACAUCUUAGUAAAACUAAUCAAAUUGCUUAAGAAUGUUGGAAAUUAUUGUGUUAAUUACCAGUAUUUGAAUAAGCAAGAUAAAGAGUUAAUAAUUUUGAAAAUAUUAUUAAGGAUGAAUCUUAUUAAUUAUUAUAUUCAUUAAAGAUUAUUGAAUAUCUUCUUUAUAAUAAAGAUUAUUGCCGAUUUUUUAUAAUUAGAUUAGGAUUUAAGUCAUUAUAGAAUAUAUUGAAUAAUUUAGAAAAAUAAAGUUGUAAAAUAAGAAGACAAGUUUAGAGAAUUAUUUUAAAAAUCUUUAUUAAACACAUAGCAGCUUAAUAUCAAUUUUAAUAUAAUACAAUAUUUUAGAUUUAAUAAAGUGUUAAAUUUCCAAAAGAAGUGACUUUAAAUCUAAUAGGUUAAUUUAAUGAUGGUAAUAUUUAAAAAUAGGAUCAUAAAUUUAUAUAAAAAUUAUAGGAAAGAGAGUCAUUUUAGGAAUUAAUAAAAUUCACAUCAGAUUUAGAUAUUUAAUUAGAUUAUAAGGAUUUAUUAAAUUAUUUAAUUAAAACGCCUGUAGAUUUAUAAGAAGAUCAAAAAGUGAUAGAAUAUGUUUUAAUACUAUUGACUACAAUGGUUGGUUUUAAUUUAGGUAAUUGUAGAAAUUUCUUUAUUGAAGAGAUCAAUGAAAUCAAAGAAAGGUAUAAACAAUUUUUAUUUGCACCUGAAUAAUAAAAAAUAUAAAAAUUCACAAUAAAUUCUUUGUAUUUGAUAUAUAGGAAUUAAAAGGAUAGAAUAAGUAAACUUCUAAUUGAGAUUUUGAAAGAAUUAUUUCCAUCUAAUGAUGAUAAAGAUUCUUAAUUUUAUUUUGAUUUAUUGGCUAUAUUAAUAGAAGAAGAUAAAUACAGUGAUUAAGGAUUAGCUAAUAAAAUAAUAUAAUAAUUAAAGAAUUAUGAACCAAAUGAAUCUAGAUAAAAUUUAUCAUCUGAUAAAACUCUUAUAGGAUUAUUAUCAAUUUUAGAGAGUCUAUGUAAGAUAGAUUCAAGAAUCUUAUCAAUUUAAUUAAUAUAGUAUUUAUAUAAAGUACAUUUAUUCUGUUUUGAUAUGAGUUAGUUUAGUUUGAAUCCUUAAAAAUUAAUAACUCCUAAUUAUGUAAAAAGUAAAUCUCCAGAGAGUAGAAAAAUAGUUUAUCGUAUAAUAAUACUUUAUUUAAGAAAGAAUUUUAACUUGUAAGAGAUUGAUUUAUAGUCAGUGAUUUAUCAAGUUUCAUUAUAUGAUGGUUUUGAUAUUAAAAUGUAAGCAAAGAGUCAUCAUGGAUAUGUUGGUAUUAGAAAUUUGGGAUGUAUUUGCUAUAUGAAUGCAAUGAUACAAUAAUUCUUUAUGACUCCAGAAUUUAGAUAUUGUAUGAUGAGAGCAGAUGAUGAAAUAGAGUAAAAAGCUAUUAAAUUUAAAGAUGCUAAUGGUUUUGAAUAAUAUAUAGAUGAUAAUCAUUUUCAUCAAUUUUAAAGAAUGUUAGCUUAUUUAGAUUUAAGUGAUAGAUAAGAUUAUAAUCCACUUUUAUUUUGUAUUACUUAUAAAGAUAUAAACAAUUAACCAGUCAAUUUUUAGUUAUAAUAAGAUACAUAAGAAUUUCUAAAUCACUUUUUUGAUAGUUUAGAUAAUGAAUUAAAGAUUUAAGGUUGGUAAUAAUUUAUUGAAGCUAUAUAUGGUGGGUAAAUUUGUAGUCAAAUGAUAUGUAAUGUAUGUUAACGUAAAAGAGAAAAAUUUGAUUUAUUUUAUACUCUUUCUUUAAAAGUAAAAGAUAUUAAAUCUAUCCAAGAAUCAUUUGAAAGUAUGAUUAAUGGAGAAGUUAUUAAAGAAUAUUAUUGUGAAGAAUGUCAAAAAAAAAAUGAUUUUAUUAAAAGAUAGUGUUUAUCAAAUUUACCAAAUGUUUUGAUUAUUCAUUUAUAAAGAAUAGUUUACAAUUUAGAUUUAUAAAUGAAUGAAAAAUUAAGUUCAUAUUUAGAAUUUCCUAAUCUUUUAAAUCUAUUAUAAUACACUAGAGAAGGUUUGUCUAAUCAGGAAUUCAAACAUGAUUCUUAUUAUUAAUAUAAAUUAAAAGGAGUUGUUGUUCAUCAAGGUACAGCAUUAUAAGGUCAUUAUUAUAGUCUAAUUAAUAUUUAAGGUGAAAAAUGGUUAAAAUUUAAUGAUUCUUUCAUUGAAGAAUUUGAUAUCAAAUAAUUACCAAAUGAAUGUUUUGGAGGAAAAUAGAAUUAUGAUCCUUCAGAAUUCUAAGGUAUUGGUAGUAGCAUUAAUGCCUACAUUUUAAUUUAUGAAAGAAUUCAAAAAGAAAAUGUUUAACUCAAAUUCUCUAAUUAAAAAUAAAUAUAAAAAAUUAUGUCAAAAUUUUAAAAUACAUUUUAAUAAUAAUAAGAUUCCAAUUUAAUUAUUAAUAUGGACUAUCAAACUAUGUCUUAAUAAUUUAUAUCAGAUGCAUUGUAUGCUGAAAUUUGGUUUGAUAAUCAUAAAUUCAUGAUUGAAAGACAUAUAUAUUCUGAAGAAUUUUUUAGAUUUGUUAAAGAGAUUACAAAUGUCUUUCCAUAUCCUUCUGAUUAUUAAUUAAUUAAAAAUCUUGAUCAUAUACCUUAAUUUUUUGGCAUCUACAAUUAAUAUCAAUAAGUUUAAAAUGCUGAACAAAUUACUAACUUCUUAUAUAAUUUAACUUAUAUUGCAAUAGAAUUAUUAUCUCGAUCAUCUAAUCAUGUUUACAUUAAGGAUUAUGCUUUAGCCAUAAUUAAUCUAAUUAAUAUCGUUCCAAAUAAUAUAAGUACUAUUCUUUAACAAUUAUUUAUUCAAAGAUAACAAAGAGUUUUUAAUAUUUUAUUAUGUUCUCCCGAUUCUUAAGUUAGGGAGGCCAUUUAGUCAAUAAUGCUUCAUUAUUUAAAUGUAAUUAUUUAUAUCUAUAAUCUAAUGCUAAAUACUUUACAUCAUAAUCUACAGGAUUUAGAUAAUUAUGAAGAUAAAUAUGAUUAAAUGAUAGUCUGUUACCUUAUUAAUAUUUUAUAACUUCUAUAAAAUGAUGCUGCUAAAGAUUCUACAAAAUUAAAUCAAUAUUUUAAUUUUUGGAAAUUAUUUGUUUAAUCAUCUUAAAUUAAUUUAUUCUUUGCCAAUUAAAUAGAAUUAAUUUCAAUAUUAGCUGAUUUUUAUAUGGGAAAUUUAUCUCCUACAAACUUAGAAAAUACUUAAUUUUAUUCAUUUCAAAACAAAGAAAAAACUAUAGUUCAUAAUUAAAACAUUAUUGUUUCUUAAUAAAAUUCAUUAUUAUAAUGUUUGGAUUAUCUUCUAUAGAAUGAGUAUUAUCAAUUAAGCAAUAAUGAUAAAAUAUGUUUAAAUUCCAUUAUUUUUUAUAAAAAAGCACUAACAGAAUCUGAAGAAUUAGAUGCCAUAAUAUCAAUCAUUUCGAAAAUGGUUUUUAAUAAUUCUGGAUUAUCAAGGUGUAUCAUUGAUAUAAUUUUAGAAGAAAUUAAUAACUCUAAUUAUUAGAUUGUUGGAAAAUAUUUAAAAUUCGCCUAAAUAUUAUUAAAUAUUUAAGAUAAUAAUGUACAAGAACGUAUUUAAAUGUUAUUGGGAUAUCCCUAACCUAAUUAUUAAGAGAGUUAUAUCAUUGGAUGUUCAACAAAUUUAUCUUAAUAAUGUAUAAUUUAUGUAUCCAAUACAGGAUCUCUAAAUGAAAAUAUUUCUAUAUUAAAUUAAUUAUUUUUUAAUCAAAAAGCUGAUUAAAAUUCAGCAAUUUAGAUGAUGAAGAUGCUUUUAGAAGUAAUGAAUUAAAAUAAAGAAGUUUUCUUUUACAUUAUAAAUUUACCACCUCCAAGCUAUAUCUAUUCUAAAUAUACUGAUUGGUUUGAAGCAUUUCUAAAUGAAUUCUAAGUAGAUUGUAUCACUUAAAUGGUAAUAAAAGAUUCAAUUUUCUUCAACAAGAAAUUAGAGCUUGAAUAAACUAUCAAGUUAUGGGAAUAAUUCAGGAUAAAUUAUUAAAAAAUGACUUAAAUUCCAUUUUAUCAUCCUCUUUAACCAAUCUAUAUUUUAGGAAAUACAAUUGAAACAGAAUUAGUCUCAAGAGAAGCCUAUAUGGAUAAUAUAUUUUUAGAGACCUAUGAAUCACUUGUUUAUUAUUUAGAAUCUACUCCUACUUUAAUAAGUAACUUAGCAUUCCCAUCUUCAAUACUUACAAAUAAUAUUCAUAUUCAAUCUUCUAAAAUCGAACCUACUUCCAAUAUUUUUAAUAUUCUGUAGAAUAAUUAAACAAUCUAAUAGAAUUUUUCAAGGCCUACGCAAUUUCAUGAAUUUGAACAAAACAUAAGUUCUAAUGAGAUUGGUUAUAAUGAAUAAUAGUAAGUUAACAAUGAUUUCAUUAAUGAAUUAUAAAAUAAUCCGCUUCAUAAUUAAAAAGCUUAAAGAUAAAGAGAAAUGAAUAAAGAAAAUUAAGAUUAUAAUAAUUUGCAAUAAUUUUAAAAAUAAUAAUUAAUUAAAUGUAAUUUACCAAUUUAAGUUGCCCCCUUAAUGAAAAGAUUUAUGAUCAACAAUUAAACUGAUUAAAUUAUCUAUGUAAUUUGCUCAAUUAAUAAAUAUCCUGAUAUGAUGAUUAAUUUCAUGUAAGAAUAUAUUUGUUUAUAUCUUUAGAUUGCCAAAAAUAAUAUACAAAAUGAUUCCUCCAUUUACUGUUAUGCAUUUGACUACUAUCAUGAAAAUUAUUCCUUAAAAUGAAUGGGGAAUCUAUGAUAUCGCUUUAGACAUAAAUUCUAACAAUUUACAAAAAAAGAACUAAGGAAAAAAUCAAUAAUAAUAGUAUUUUAAUCACUUAUUUUAGAGUUAAAGGUAAGGUUGAAGUACCUUAAAAACCAAUUGAAAAAUCAAACUUAACCAAUGAAAUUUAAUGUCCUUAAUGUACAUUGUUGUAGUCUUCUUCUAAUUCUUUAUGUGAACUUUGUGGUUUUAGCUUUUAGUGA